AUGUCGGUAUCUGAGGAAAAUAAACGUAUAAUUGUUAUAGUGGCAGCUGGAAUAACAAUGAUGCCCAAAAAAUCGAAUAAGCGGAAGCGUAGUGUUUGGGUUAAGGAUUACCGGUCCCGGUAUAAUGAUAUUCCAUUAAUUCAACAUUUGCGAGAAAACUAUCCUGAAGAUUAUAAAAAUUACCUAAGAAUGGACAAUACUUGUUUUGACUAUUUGCUGAAUUUGGUAAAAGUGAGAAUAUUAAAAAAAGACACAAUCAUGAGGAAAGCCAUUGGUGCCGAAGAAAAACUAGUUGCUACUUUGAGAUUUUUGGCCACUGGGCGUUCCUAUGAGGACUUCAAAUUUUCCACAGGGAUAUCUGCACCAACUUUAAGCAUUUUAAUACCACAACCUUGUAAGGCUAUAUACGAGGCAUUGAAAGAAGCACAUAUGAAGUUUACCUCGAUGGAGGAAGAAUGGAUGCUAAUUGCAAAAGGAUUUUACGAAAAAUUGCACUUUGUAAACUGGUGGUGCACUAGAUGGGAAACACAUUCGUAUAGUACCGCCUGCCCAUAGUGGAGCGAUGUAUUACAAUUAUAAAAAUGUUUACAGUAUCAUUCUUCUUGCCUUGGUAAACAGUAAUUAUGAAUUUAUUUACGUGGACGUUGGGAAAAACGGAAGAUUGUCAGACGGGGGACUUUUAUAAAAAAUGAUUGACUAAAAACCUUAACUUACCCGUUAAUACAAAAACUAUUAAGAAUUUAAAUUUUGUGUUCAUUGGAGAUGGGGCAUUUCCCCUGAAUGAACAUAUCUUAAAACCUUAUGCUCAAAGAGAAUUAGACAAGGAAAAACGAAUUUUUAACUACAGAUUGUCGCGCGCCAGAAAUGUAGUGGAAAAUGCAUUUGGAAUAAUUUCUUCUAGAUUUCAGAUAUUCCAUAGACCUAUUAAUAUGAAACAUGAAAAUAUUUGUUAUGUUGUUCUGGCCAUUUGUGCCUUGCAUAAUUUUUUUCGCAAUCGCUCCACUUCUUAGGUUAGUGCAACAACUUUUGAUAGGGAAGACACAUCACAUAAUUUGUUAAAUGAUGGUGACUGGCGAUAUAAUUCAGUUAAUAUUACAAAUAUGCAACCGAGUAGAUCUACAAUUCCAACAUCUGCAUCAAAAGAAAACAGGGACAAUUUUAAAUCGUAUUUUAACAGCGCCCAAGGUGCAAUUCCUUGGCAAGAAGAAAUGAUUAAGUUGGGAAAAUGUUAGUAAUCAAUAAAAUAUGUUUGUUUGGAAAUAAAUAAUACUCACAUCGUU